AUGGACGAAGACUCAGAACUAUGGGACAUAAUCUGUGAUGGUCCACAUGUUCCUAUGAAGAAGUUUGAAGAAACUGGACCAAUGGUGCCAAAAGACAGAAAAGCCAUAGAAAAGAACUAUCGUGCCAAGAAAAUCUUAAUGUAUGGCAUAGGACCCGAUGAGUACAACAGAGUCUCAGCUUGUGAUACUGGCAAAGAAAUAUGGGAAGCGUUGCAAACCGCAUACAAAGAAACUACUCAGGUUAAACAGUCCAAGAUUGACAUGCUCAUUACAGAGUAUGAGCUCUUUAGGAUGAAGGAUGAUGAGUCUAUACAAGAUAUGCACACCAGAUUCACCUCCUUCAUAAAUGAGCUUUAUUUACUUGGAGAUGUUAUUCCCAAAAACAAGCUUGUAAGGAAAAUCCUCAGUGCUCUACCUGGUUCUUGA